CUAACAUAUCAAAAUCAUCAAAAUUAGGUUUGUGCUUACUUGUACUAUUUGUGGCAAAAAGAGUUAACUUGCACUCUUUUACGGUGUGCAUAAUGAGCGAGUUCUACGAAAUUCAGCAGCUAGUAAAAUUAUUUAACCCUCCACGUGAUGAUGACAACUCAGAUUCCGAUGACGAAAACUUGCAUGAAAAUACAAGCACUGAACCUUGUGUGGAAAGCAAACACACUCAAAAGAAAACAAACCCCUACGAUAAAGUACAAAUCGAAAAAAAGGAUAAUGAAAAAAGUGAUGUUUACGACUUCGAAAGUUCUUUGACUUCAGAAGAUGAACCGUCCCCUGACUGGAAAAAAACUCCGAAAUGGAAUAUAAGUUAUCGACAGCAGGUUUCGGCAUCCGACGUUUUCCUUCAGAUGGGAGCUAAGACACCAGCGACUGCCAGUUGUGAGGAUAUGAUAGUGACUAUAGAUCUUCCUGGACAACACGUGCAAAAUAUGGAUAUUAAAGUACACAAGAAUGAAUUAGUCGUGUAUUCACCAAAUUUUAGCGUCAAAAUACCGUUACCGCAUCCGGUUCAUCCUCAGAAAGGUGACGCAAAAUGGGACAAGGAGCAGGAGAAAUUAACUGUAACUCUGAGAAUGGAAAGAGAAUUCGAUUUUAUUAAUUUUUGAAAUGGUCACUUAACUGGUUAAAAAAUAAAUUUUAUUAAUAAGAA